AUGUCUUCUAAAUUUUGGACCCAGGGUGGUAGUGACUCUGAGGAGGAGAGUGACUAUGAUGAUGAGAUUGAGACUACUGUGGGGGAAUCUGCUAGCGAAGCUGUUACUAGCAGAUACUUGAGGGAUAAUGCUAGUGACAGUGAUGACUCUGAUGGCCAAAGGCGUGUUGUGAGGUCAGCAAAAGACAAACGGUUUGGGGAGAUGUCUUCAACUGUUAAUCAAAUGAAGAAUGCAAUAAAGAUUAAUGAUUGGGUGAGCUUGCAAGAAAGCUUUGACAAGAUCAACAAGCAACUCGAGAAAGUGAUGCGUGUUAUUGAAUCUGAGAAAGUGCCGAGUCUUUAUAUAAAGGCAAUUGUGAUAUUGGAGGACUUCUUAGCUCAGGCUUUGUCAAAUAAGGAUGCCAAAAAGAAAAUGAGUAGUAGCAAUGCUAAAGCCCUGAACUCAAUGAAGCAGAAAUUGAAGAAAAAUAAUAAGCAAUAUGAGGACUUGAUCAUUAAAUUUAGGGAGAAUCCUGAGAGUGAGGAGGAAAAAGAUGAAGAGGAAACAGAAGAAGAGUAUGAAUCUGAAGAUGAAAUUAUUGAACCAGAGCAGCUAAAAGCUACAGGAGCAAAAUCAGAUUCUGAAGGUUCUCGCUAUGAAGAUGAGAAGCAAGAUAGCAGCGAAACACCCUGGGACCAAAAGCUUAGCAAGAAAGACAGACUUUUGGAUAGACAAUUUAUGAAAGACCCUAGAGAGAUCACUUGGGACGCAGUUAACAAGAAAUUCAAAGAGGUUGUAGCAGCUAGGGGUAGGAAGGGAACAGGAAGAUUCGAACUGGUUGAGCAGCUUUCCUUCUUAACAAAAGUUGCAAAAACACCUUCACAGAAACUGGAAAUUCUUUUCAGUGUGAUUUCUGCUCAGUUUGAUGUUAAUCCUGGUCUUAGUGGCCACAUGCCUAUAAAUGUGUGGAAAAAAUGUGUGCAGAACAUGCUAGUCAUUCUUGAUAUUCUAGUGCAGUACCCAAACAUAGUGGUUGAUGAUUCAGUGGAACCUGAUGAGAAGGAAACUCAAAAAGGGUCAGACCACAGUGGACCAAUUCGGGUUUGGGGUAACUUAGUUGCAUUCAUAGAAAGAAUAGAUUCUGAGUUUUUCAAGAGUCUCCAGUGCAUAGAUCCUCACACUCGUGAAUAUGUUGAGAGACUGAGGGAUGAGCCCAUGUUUCUUGUCCUUGCUGAGAAUGUUCAGGAAUAUCUUGAAAGCAUUGGAAAUUUCAAAGCAGCUUCUAAGGUGGCCUUAAGGAGGGUAGAACUUGUUUACUACAAACCACAAGAGGUUUAUGAUGCCAUGAGAAAAUUAGCUGAGAUGACUCAAGAUGAGGAUAAUGGAGAUGACCCUAAAGGAUUUGAAGAAACAAGGAUACCAACAGCAUUUGUUGUUACUCCUUCACUUGUGUCACGGAAACCCACCUUUCCUGAGAAUAGUAGGACCCUAAUGGAUAUAUUGGUAUCCUUUAUAUACAAAUAUGGAGAUGAGCGCACUAAAGCACGGGCAAUGCUUUGUGAUAUAUAUCACCAUGCUCUUGCUGAUGAGUUCAGUGUAGCACGUGAUUUGCUGCUUAUGAGCCAUUUGCAAGAUAGUGUUCAACUCAUGGACAUUUCAACACAGAUACUUUUUAACAGAGCUAUGGCACAACUGGGUCUGUGUGCUUUUCGGGUUGGGCUCAUUUCUGAGUCACAUGGUUGUCUCACUGAACUUUAUUCUGGUGGAAGGGUGAAGGAGUUGCUUGCACAAGGUGUGUCACAAAAUCGUUAUCAUGAGAAGACCCCAGAACAAGAAAGGUUGGAAAGAAGGCGUCAAAUGCCAUAUCAUAUGCACAUAAAUCUCGACCUCCUCGAAGCAGUGCAUCUUAUAUGUGCUAUGUUGCUUCAAGUCCCUAACAUUGCAGCCAAUGCCCAUGAUGCAAAACGCAAGAUCAUCAGCAAGAAUUUCUGCCGCUUACUUGAAGUUAGCCAGAAACAAACAUUCACUGGUCCUCCUGAAAAUGUGAGAGAUCAUGUUAUGGCUGCCACAAAGGUUCUUCUUAGCAAGGGAGACUUCAACAAAGCUUUUGAUAUCAUUGGAUCUAUCCAUGUAUGGAAAUUCGUCAGAAAUAGCGAUAAAGUGCUUGAAAUGCUAAAGGGCAAAAUCAAGCAAGAGGCACUGAGGACUUACCUCUUUACCUUUUCCUCGUCUUAUGAUUCUUUGAGGUUGGAUCAUCUCACAAAAAUGUUUGAUCUUUCUGUUGCUGAAACACAUAGCAUAGUUAGCAGAAUGAUGAUGAACGAAGAGCUUGAUGCUAGCUGGGACCAGCCAACUGGGUGCAUUGUUUUCCAAGAUGUUGGGCAUUCUAGAGUGCAGGCUUUGGCAUUCGACUUGACAGAGAAAUUAUGUAUCCUUGCAGAGAGCAAUGAGAGAGCAACAGAGACAAGAACAGGAAUGGCACAGGACCAUGUUUCUGCUGCAGUUGUUUCAGGUAAUAGGUGGCAAGAGUUGUCAUAUUCUCAGUCAAGGAAAAGCAGAACUGGGAGGGGUGGUGGAAGGGCAUUGGCAUUUGGGCAAGGCACUGGAAGUGGGUAUUCGAGGGAGCGAACAGGUUCAGGCCAUCAGAGAUCACGUUAUAAAGGUGCUUCUGCGUUGAGGGGAUCUCAGGCGGAGGUAUCUUCUCGCAUGGUUAGCCUUAAGGGAGUUCGUUCUUAA